ACUUCGAUGUGUUUCAUUAUUGUUGUUUUACGUAAAUUAUUACAAAAAUAUUAUUAUUCUUCCAUAUCAUCAGAUAUCUAACAAAGACUUUUUCACUGAGAUUUUAGGAAGACCUCAUUCUAGCAAAUAUUAACUUGUUUGCAGAUGAAGUGUGGGAAUGGAUAGAUUGAACCAGUUGCGCGGCGGCGGCGCAGGCGGCUCGCGGGACUCGUCGCUGGACGGCUCCGGGGCCGGCGACUCCUUCCUCACGGCCAACGACACGCCCUCCAAGUACUACUCUCUCUCAGAAGACGACUCCUUUGACAACGACAUCACUAAAGACGUGUCACUGGCGACGACCAGCGCGGAGUCCACUCUCAACUCCUCCGACUGCUUUCCUAAUCUAUCUCCAAUCGGAAAAAUAGACUAUAAGAUUGGCAAACAAAUUGAGGCCGCUAACAUUCUGUCAGGUGGAGUCAACAUAUUUGAUGACAAUGACAACUCUUACGAUGGCAAUGAACUAGUGAUAGAUGACAAUGUUGAAGUUGACAAAUCUCCCAACUUGAAGUCUCCUGAGAAUUCCACUUUGCUUGACAAUGUUGAAAAAGCUUCUACAUCUAAGGUGGAAAGUUCUAGUAAAGGUGAUGUUGAAUCUGAAAAUAAUCAAACUUUAAAGCCACCAGAAAGCCCACGUCUUCCUUUGCAAGGUAGUAAUGAAUUAAGUAAGCAAUCAAGUUUAAAGCUACCAGAAACUGUCUCAUUAGACAAAGUUGAUGGGCAAUCUAUGGAGAUAGUCCAAAAUGUGGCAGAUGAGCCACCAGUUACUGCCGAACCUCCAUCAAACCAAGGUAGUCUCUUGGACCAUGCUCUUCCAUUUGAGGAGGUAGCAAGUAUUCCCAUUAAUGGUGAAGAACAAUUAGCAGAAAUUGCUAAUCUUCCUUUAGAUGGAGAGCAGAUUGCGCAUCUUGACAAUGAAGCAGAGAUAGCGGAGGCCAAUCUGCCUAAUGAUAAUGGCGAAGCAAAUCUCCCAAAUGAUAACAGUGAAGAAAAUAUACCAGAUAACAAUGCAGAAGAAGACAGGACAGAGGUUGUUCUUCAGAUUGAUGGGAACAAUGUGGCGGCCAUUAGUAUUGGGACGGGGCUGUACUUGUACCGGAAAGAGGGGCAGGAUGAGCUCGCUGCAGUGCAGAUAGUUAAGGAGCCGCAAGAUGAGGAGCCUAGCUUCAAGUUUCUUAAAGUCCGAGAAAACGCCGAAGGCAAUUUAGAAGUGUACGAAGAGAUACAGGAAAUAGUGGUAGUGCCGCAAGAGACGCCUAUCAGAGAGAGACCGGCGCCAGCUGCCCCAAGUACGUCAAAAGACAACAUCAAACCAGUCGUUUGUGAGCCAAGUACAAGCAAAGAUGCUGAAAAGGUUACCACACCAGACAAGGACACUCCUGUUGCGUCCACUUCUAAACAAGACAUGGAGCCUAAAGAAACACAAGCUGAUAAAACAGAACGAAACGUAAACGGAAAAAUGGUCAAAUUCAGCGAGUCGAGGAAGUCACCCCUUAUGGUCCAUUCCACCCCUAAUAAGGAAGGAAUUCCUUUAACCAAAACUAUGGUAGACCAGCAACUACAUCCAAACAGGCAUUCAGACAACAUCAAGAAGACUAUAGAAGUCCACACAGACAAUUCCAAACAAAAGAUUUUGGAAUCACCCUCAACAUCCAAAACAAAGGAUGUUACUAGUCCUGACAAAACCAUUGACGAAAUCCCAGCUGGCGAUAAACCAGUAGAUAAGGACAGUCCUGACAAAAAGCAUAUUAGUAUAGUGACAAAGGAAAUAGUGCCUGAUGUAAUUGAGAAGAAAACAGAUGAAAUCCCCAGCAGUUCUGAUGCCAAAACUAGUGAUAAAGUAGACGUUACGAAAAUUAAAGAAGAUGAAGCGAAAGUUUUAAUGAUAGGAAAACUAAUGGAAUCAGUAAAAGUACCAAUUGCUAAGGAUAAGGAAAAGAUGAAAAAAGAACAACCUGGAGACAAUUCUAAGAAAUCAAAUAUUGCUCCAAGCACAAGUUGUUCUGAAAUUUCAACAACAAGUAGUGUAGAAAUUUCUACCACGAGUGUUACUGGGGAUAAUAAAAUUGAUGAAAAGCAACCUUUAAUAGUCGCACAACCAUUACCAACAGACGCGAAAGCAUCAACUAUUUCAUCAUCAGCAGGCUCCCUACCAAUGGAGAUUGAUAAUUCAAUAGUUAAAGCUUCCAUAAGUGAAAAACCUGAAAUAAAACCAUUAAUACCUGCUACAGAAAUCAUUGAAUCAGAUGAUAUGGAGGUUGAUGAAGAUGUCUUAGUUAUAGAAGAACAGAUUAUUGAAAGCCAACCUGAAAAAUGUGAACCACAGAAACCAGAAGUAAAAACUGUAGUCCCGGCCGUUACAAUGAAAUCUGCAACUGCUGUAAAUCAAACGAAAAAUGUUUUGGCAACACAAAUAAUUAAACCUUCAACUUCCAUUGUAAAUAAAACUAGUGUUGCUGAGAGUCCUCAGUCAGGCAAUUCAAGCUUGAUAAAUGUUACAGGCGUAAAUUUGACGAAAGGUCCUAAUAUCAACAAGCUUGAUAAAUCGGAUAAAACAACAAUACCAACAUCCGUGAAAAAUCUUAACACCAACCCUGUCAAAUUUGAUAAGCCUAUAACAGAAAGUAAGCCUGUAGCUGAACUGAAAAAAAAUAGCUUUAGUAAAGUUGAACCUAAAGAAAUCAAUCCUAAAGAUACUCCACUAAACCAUAAUAUUAAAAUAAUAAAAAACGAAUUAAUAAAGGAAACUACGCUCCCAAAAGACAAAUUAAAUCAAAGUGUAGGAAAAUCGUUGAAUGUCAAGGAAUCAGUUAAAAUCAAACCCACUGAAUCUAAGCUGGCUGCGGUUAAUCCUUUGAUCUCAAGUGCUAAAGUAAAUCAUUUAAUCAUCAAUAACAUGCACAAUAAACCCGAGAACGUACCUUCUAAAUUGGAAUUAAAAGACAAGACAUUAGAGAAGAAAGAAGCGUUACCUAUGCCAAAUGCAAAAGACAUGAAAACCACAACAUUAUUAACCAGUAAAGAGCAGCCACAAAGUAGGCUACCAAUGAAUACUCAAAGUUUAGUCAAACCAUCCUUGAAGUCAGAUAUCAAACCCCCAAUCAUAAAUAUUGCUGAAGCCAAAAGAGAAAUUAAUCAUAAAUUAUCAAAUUCAGUUGACUCAAAACCAAAGUCUAUUAAUAAUAAUCAUGCACCUGUUCCUUUCGGCAAGUGGACUGAAGCCAAUCGCCAAGACUUUUUGAAUAAAAUCAAAGAAUCAAAGCCAGUCAACAUCUCUAAUGCUAACCAGAUUAAGCAGCCAAACGAUCUCAACAGGAGGGAUGUUCUGAAAAAGAUCGAUAGUCAAAGGCAAACAUAUAAUGCACAUGCAAAAAUUCAAGAGUCACUAAAUAAAGGUAAUGUCAAAGCUGAAGCGUUUACGAGCAAGACAGCUCCUGCUACUUUAACUAAGGUAGAACCUAAAGUUUCUGUGAAACCUGAGGCUCCUAUUGUAAAACCUAAACCAAUUGUUGAAAACAAACCUGAGCAAGAACCCCAAAAGAUUCAGCUAGAACCCGUAGUUGCAGCUGCUACAUCUAGCACUAAUAAAAAGGAACCAAGAAAGGAAAUCAAUAAUCAGCACCUAAUUGAUAGAACAAUAGAAGGUAUCAUAAAUAGGGCAGUGACCGGAAAAAGCCCUGAACCUAUUGUGCCAGCUGUCACUGAAAAACCUAUUACUGAGAAAGUUAACAAAAAGCCUGAACCAAAAACUAACAGCCAGCCCACUCUUUUAGACGCUAUAGAAAUGAAGAUGAACGAACUCCACGGCAUCCCUUUCGUUGAAAGGCCGCCACAUGAAUUGCCACGGCCAUAUACGGAGUCUAAAGUUUCCAAAAUUGAACCCCAGAUACCACCAAAGGUUAGCAAGAUUCCCAACUUGCUGCCUCUACCUAAAUCUCAGCAGAAACUCGGCGAAGGGGACGUUAUAAAUCUAGAAAGUAAAGAAAAGUCCCCGAUUUUGUCCUUAAGCUCGUCUAAACCCGCAGAAAAGUUGGCCGCGAAAUCGGCUCACGAGGCGAACACUAGUAAAGACAAAGUAAUAACCGAAAAGGAAUUCGAUAAGUUUGCGAGGCGCAAUUCGGUCACUUAUGAAGAUCGUUUAACUAUUACUGACUCUCACCAAGUCAUCCAAACGGUCGUACCUAGAGAAGUUCCGCCGAAAAAGAUUUCGCGAAACGAGCAAAUGCUCGCUGAAGCCAAAGCAAAGUCGCCCCACAAGCAUAUACCCGUGAAGCAGUAUCAUCCGAGCAAAGCCGCGAGCAAGUACAUUCCCGUGGAAUCUAAUAAGCAGUACCAAUCGAAGCUUCAACUGGCAUAUCAGACGGCGAUAUCAGUCAGCGCUAAGCGACGUAUCGAAAGCCCUAUCACUAUCAUAGAAGACAAGCCGGUCAAAGUCGUAUAUUUAGAUUCAAACGUUUCGGAAUUUAAUAGUGUUCAGUUGAACGUACAAGGUCGGGAUCUUUCACCGGCUAAGCGAGUGUCAGAACCUGACGCGGUCACCGUUGGAACUGGGGAUUCUCUGGAUUCCGACAUGCUCGAUGCUGUAGAUGAUAGGCAGGACGAGGUCAAAACCAAGAGCAAACAUCAACGCAAACAGGUGCUCACCCCUGUAGAGACCCCCGACUUGGAGUUGAUUGAGCCUAGUGACCUGGGUAUAGAAGUGUCGCCUAAGAAGAAGCGGAAAACUGAAGAUAAGCCAGAGAGGAAGCAAAAUCUCGUUCCCAAGAAGUCGUACUUGCUCGGAAGGAGCGUCGAGGAACCGACAGAGAUCCGACCGAGUCCCAUGCCUCCCGUAGUGCAUACUGAUGCGGUUUCGGCUAUAGACAGCCUGGUGAAGGCGGCCGAGCUGCUCGAUCAGUCGGAGUCCUUGAACGCUAGUGUCCAGAGCGUGGACAGUUCGCAGAGUACUCCGGUCAAACGCGGCCGCGGAAGGCCUAGGAAAAAUCCUCUACCGGAUGCCGCGGGAGAAACGACAGUUAGUCCUCAGAAAAAACCACGACUCAUCGAUGCAAAGGCUCCUAAACAUAUCAGCAGUUCCGACGAUUCUAGCGACGACGAUUCCAUGAUCAAAGAAAACUGGACGAUGGGAAAGAUAAACGAAAAAAUUGUCUGUCCCAUCUGCAACAAACUCUUCAGAUCAGAAAACGUUGUGUUCAAACACGUAAAGCACUGCACUGGACCAUCCCCGAGCCGAUCCGAUUCCGAAAAACGCAGCCCGCGACGCUCGCGACUAUCGCGCGAGAGUGAGACGAAAUCGCGAGACAGCGAACCCAAAUCGGGAGGUUCGAGACAGGAUGCCGAUGAAGUCGAUCUCUCUCCGGUCAGAAAAACUCCUAGCAAAAGAAAGUCGAAAGACUCAGGUAAAUCCUCUUCGAGUGACGACGUCAUUCCCGUCGAACCUGACGUUAAAGAAGAUGAGCCUAAGAAAACCGAACCACGAAAGACCAAUAAACCUAAACUCAAUCCGAGGGCUAGUAGUCUCGUUUGUGAAGUUUGUAACAAGAGCUUCAGACAGCUCUCCUACUUGGUCAGCCAUAAGCUGCAGCAUAAGAAAGAAGACAAAAAGCAAACCAACGAAACUCAGGCUACCGAAAAGUCGGUGUUCAGUUGCGAAACUUGUAAGAAAGAAUUCAGGAAAUUACACCAUUUAGUGCAACAUAGAUUGAUCCACAAUCCGGUGCAGUCGAGGGCGCUAAGGAAGACUUCUUCUGAACAGAAGGAGCUUCCCAAAAACCUAGAGGCUUCAAAGAUAGAUGACCAAAGUGCAGGUUUCCGUUGCGAACCUUGCGACAAGUCGUUUAGGAAGUUACACCAUCUCGUGGAGCACAGAGAAACUCAUGAUGGCAUUAACCGGCAGAGAUCCAACUCCAUAACCCAGGAAAAGGAGAAAGAGAAGCCGACUCCUCCACCGCAGUGCGACAUCUGCAAGAAAACCUUCAGGAAACUCCACCAUUUGAUCGAACACAAAGAGCAACAUCUAGAGACUAGCUCAGAGAAAUCAGACGACCAGAAGAGCGUGAAAAGCGCGUUGUCUACUAAAGACAUUAUUCACGAAUGCAAUUUGUGCUACAUGGUGUUCCCCAACGAGCAUUCGCUGAAUAAACACACAGUCAUUUGUCUGAGGAAAAAGAAACAAUCAGCGGCCAAACAGGCGGCGGCGCUAGAAGAAAAGAAUGCCGAAGAGAGUGCUAAGGCUGAAUUGUCAGUGGAAAGUAAAGAACAGUCUGUAAAAGAGCCACCGCCAGUGGAGACUAAAGUUGUUGAGGAAAAAGUGGUCAAAGCUCCCGAGAAACCAAUAGUUCUUCCUAAACCAGAAGUAGUAAAAGCACCUCAGGUAAAGGAAGACCCACCUAAACCACCAGUAGUACCGACAGUCGAGAACGUAGAAAAACAGAGCGAGCCUAAACCGACCGAAAAGAAAGUAUCGCCGCCUGAGGUUCCAACUCCCAAAGUCGCAAAGUCUGUAGAGACUCCGGCUAAGGUCAAGCAAGUAGAUGAGGUCAUAGUUAUUGAAGAUACGCCUAAGAAGAAAACUCCUAUUAAAGAUAAAGCGGCGCCGAGUGUGACGAAGCGUCAGAAAGUCGCUCCGCCGGCCGAGGAGCGAAUCGCGCCCUCCAGCGACGAGGAUGAAGUCCGCUACAUGUUCAACCCCGACUUCAAAGUUGCAGAGACAGCUGAGAGUAAAACCUUCACGAAAAUCCGGGCCAAAAAGCGCAAUUCUUUGCAAUUCGAGAAACCGCAUAAAGAAGUAGUGAGAAGACGGUCGUUACUCCAGCACCCGCCUAAGAUUCCGCGUCUGCGCGCACAGUCGGACGACGCUCCCUCGCCACCCGCACCCAAACCGGCGGCGAAACCCAAAAUAGAAGUAGAAGUGCCUUCAACAGACUCCGAUGACAGCGACGUAAAGUACUCCUUCCCGAAGACUGUUCCAGAAAAACCGGAGAAAGAAGAGGUUCCGGUGGAAGAGCCGAAACGUAGGAAGACGAUGGCGGAGAAAAGAAAGUCUCUCAGUGCGAUAGCGAAGCGAAAGUCGCUAGGGAAGGCCAUUGUCAAGCCGGCUAAACCUUCGCCUGCGAAACCGAUCAAACGACGCACAGCCCCGGCCGAGCACAGGUGCGAUUGCGGGCAACUGUUCAGUAGCGCCGCCCUGCUCGCGCGCCACGCCUCGCUCGCGCACACGCCGCCGCGCGUGCGCCGGCCGCGGGACCUCGCCGCGCCGUCGAGCCGCAAGGCCAGCGCCGACCGGCUCAAGAAAACUGUCAAGGACGUCGAGCAACCGAGGAAAAGUGUCGACCAGGUAAAAAAAAGUGUUAAUGUUGAGAAACAGAGAAAAAGUGUCGAGCGAUCACGGAAAAGUGUCGACCCGAUCAAGAAAAGUGGAAAGGACGCCAGUAGUGUCGAGUUACCUCGUAAAAGUGUCGAUCAGGUAAAGAAAAGUGCUAAGGACGUCAGUGUCGAGCAAAAGAAAGUUGUGAGCGGUAAGGACAGUGUUCAGAAGUCGGUGAAAAAGACGGCUAGUGCGAGGGGCCGCGUCCAUACUGGCGUGCCGUUGCCGGAUAAGCGCCCUUCGAGGAAAUAGAGGUCUUGUAGGUACUAUGUGUUUUAUGGGUCCUAAUUUUUCGGCUAAAUCACAAACCGUGUAACUCCACUGAAAAACUUUAGAGAUAUUGAAGUAUCAUACAUACCUUUUCACUUCAUUGGGAGGAGACAAUAAAAUUGAAGUUAUGUGUAUGUGUCCAAUUUUUGGGCACAGGAUAGAAUCCCUACGUAGUGGUUAUUUCCCCCAGUUAAUACCAAGAUGUUACCAGCAAUAGUAAAGUAGGUAACUACUGGGAUUUUUUCCGCACAUUUUACCACUGGUUCUUUUGGUUGGCUAAAGAACUGCCGGCAGUUUUUAUCUAUCGUUAUUUUCCCACUAGUCACCAGUGAUAUAAGUAAGAGAAAAAGUUCCCAAUAAUUACCAAUGGUAACAACUUGGUGGUAACUAAUGGGAAUCGUCCUUACCAUAGGUAAAAAUGAGUUGGUUUGAUUUGUUUACACUGUAACUAAAAUUACUGCGUGGGUAUAUUUACGCGGCCUAGUAAGUCCUAAAUACGGGCCUAUGACAUUAGGAGACCAUAACGCGUGUAGUACGGCCUUAAGUUUUAGUUGUAAGGGGCCUCCGCUUUACGCAAGGGUUCACUGUCAAUUUGAAGGAAGACUAUUUCAGAAUAGAUACUAAACAUAUUACAUAACUUAUCAAAUUUAUAAGAAUUUGACGCACUAAAUACCACUAACAUAGUACCACCGAUUCACGCCAUAUUCUUGACUUGCCAAGCAAUUUCCAACCUCAUGUGUGAGUAUAUUUGUACUCGACCAAUCCGAAAGAAAACGUUUUGGACCAACAUAGUUUUUUUACCCAAUUAACCUUAAAACUGUUAGAAAAAAGCAUUGGGGUUCAAAAUUAUUUAGCAAGCAUUUUCAAGUCAAAACAUUCUACAGACAUACUGGUACCCUCCAGAGGUACCUAUAUUAAAAUUGUGCAAAACGAUAUGCAGUCGUAUGACGCCAUUCAAGAUCUUAAUGGCCUCUCAAGGUCUGGAAAGCCUUGAGAAAUUAUUUGUGACGUGACAUCAGACUUACGAGUUACGUUAUAUGUCCCCAACCUAAUGGCGCAACUGAACGGUUAGGGCUGAAAUAUUAAAUCUUCAUUUUUGCAGUGGCACCCUUUUAGUGCCUGAGCGCGGCCCCAGACUGAUUGGGCGGCUCCCCGUAUAGCUGUAAGCAGUCGGAAGCUAGUUGGAACGCGAACCGGUUCUCAGGCCAAGAAAAGCCGGUUUUUCCGAACCUAUAACCGGUUCGCGUAUAGGACGCGCCACGCGCUCACAAUAAUGUAACGCACGGACCACUGUAUAGAAAUAUUUUUACAAUUUUGAAAUAUUUUGUUAUUGUGGGCCGUCGUGUCUCGAGUGUUUAUAUUGUACAUUUAAUAUUAAGAUAUAUAAGUAUAUUUUGUCAAUUUGAAUUGUUGUAGCGUAAGAAUAACUAAUCUAUUUAUGUUGUUCAGUAGUUAAGACUUGAUUUCAGACGUAUGAUCCGUUGUGCAAUCUCUGUUGACAGUACUGUAUUAUAAAUGCAAAGUACUGUUUAAGUUUGAAAUUAUAUAAGAUGAACGGUUUUGGUAAAAAUCUGCGCUAACAUCGACCCUAUAUUUUAGAGAAUCAUGUCCAAAAUGUACAUUAUGUUCAUCUUAAAUAAUUCCAAUUAUACUUCUGUUUUAACAAAUAAAGUAGAAUGAAGAUUUAUUUAACGACUAGGAUUUAAGUUGCAGAGCCAAAUGACCAUUUUGGUUUAUUUGAGUGACUGGAUUAAGUUCUCAUUAUAAUAAAUGUGGAAAUACCUCUCCUUGUAAGUACGCAACCUCGAGCGGGGUGUGCGGGCAAUCGAAUAAUUAUAGAAUAUUUUUUGCGAUUAUGUUUUUUAAUUCGUUUUGUUAGCAGUUAGGGUAGUGCUUGUACAUUGGCCACCCCUCUUGUUAUUACUGCUGUGGUGGUUAAUGCUAGGAGGGUGGCAAACGGGCAAUUUAUCCUGAUGCUAGAACCAUAAUUAUUCGAAAAAACUAUUUUAUAAUCACACCUUUUUAACAGAUCAGUGAAACAUAAGUUUUAUUCAAGUUUUGUUUCAAUAAUAACUUUACAUUUUUAACUCGGCAAAUGUAUUUUAAUCGGGAUUAUUACAUCGGAAUAUAAUUAAUGUAACGGCACUUUUGUCUGUGGACGCUACAUCGUUCCUUCAGUGAAACUGAACUGUAUGCAAAAGGCGGAAGGUUGAUUUUAGGGUGACUUGUAAAUUCUAAUAUUUUUUUAUUUUAAAUGUCUGUUCACCCUUCAGCUGGCUUCCAGUAGGUCGUAAAUUAUUUAGUGCUUCUUCAAUAUUUUGGAAUCAUAUUUCAUAUAAUCUAUAAAUCAACAAUAAACAAGUAAGUAUAUAAUUAGAUGAUUGUAAUGACAAAUGUUUAUAGUUAUUUGUAAUAAAUGAAUUUCGAGGCAACCUCAAUUUGGAAUACAUUUAUAUUUGACAAAUUAGGAAAAUAGAUAUUUUUGGAAUCCAUAAACAAUUACAAAUUGAGUAUUAAAUUUCCAAAUUUGAGCAUAGAGAGCUAAGUAGGACCAA